AUGGCGCCGCAGCUGUUGAAGGAUUUAGCCACCCAUUCCCGCAAGUGGAUUAUUCAAUGUCGGGUGGCUCGGAAGUGGAUUGCAACUAACUGCAACACAGGAAAGGUUCUGCAUAUGGACAUGGUGUUGCUCGAUUCUAAGGGGUCGGAUAUUUGGGCCAUGGUUCCUCCUCUCUUGAUUUCAAAAUUUGAAUCGAGUCUGAAGGAGCAAGAAGUGUAUGAGAUUAGGCAUUUUAAGGUUGCUUUGACGAAGAACUCAUUCAGGCCAGUCCCCAACCGUUUGAUGAUUGAAUUUGACUCAGCCACCUUAGUCCAGCAUGUUCAAUCGGUUCCAAAGAUACCACUCCACAAGUUCUACUUUCUGAAACAAGCUGAUAUGAUGCAGAAGUUGUAUGAUAAGAAGAAUCUUUCAGUGCAUUUUGUGGUUCUCAAAAUCAUUACUUCUAAUGGGGAAACAACUCUCACAGCACCUGUUUUGAUUGCUGAAGUCCCUCCUGUUGAGAUCCCAAAGAUUUCAAUUGCUCAGUUGAAUGAUUUCAAAACCAUGGAGGAACACACUGUUCUUAACAUGACACUGAAGCUUCAUGUUCGCCUCACUCAGUUCAAUUUCUCGAAUCCUCAAGCUGAGUAUUCUGUGGCUAGCGUUGAUCAUGACCCUCUUCAGCAAGUGACUAAGAUACCUGAUCCUGUGAGCGUUGGAGGAUCAACCUCUUGCGGGUUGAAAAGGAAGCAUGAUGAUGAUGCUGACCCUGUGGAAGAAUAG